AUGUCCAACUCCAAAGCCGACGACGAGCCACCCAAAAAAUACACUCGUCCGCAGCCGUCGCUUUCUUCACUGCCUGACGAUAUCGUUUUGAGAUGCUUGGUCCGCGUCCCAAGAAGCUAUCACCUAAACAUCUCAUGGGUCUCAAACGACCUAAGAUCCCUUGUUCGCUCCCCUGAGUUCAACGUCUUGCGAUCCUCCCUCCCCAAGAGCUCCCUCCAUGUAUGUCUCGAAGAAGAUGAUGACGACGACAACUCAUCCUUCCACUGGUUUACUCUCAACGAAACAUCAACAACGGAGUAUGGGUUAGUUCCGAACCCAACUCUCUUCCCUCCUCAUCCUAAGUACGGUUCUUCAACCGUUUCAGUGGGGUCAAAGAUCUUCUUCAUUGGUGGAUCUAUAGAACCUUCCACUGAUCUGUGGAUCCUUGAUACCCGAACUGGGAGCAUCACUCGAGGACCAAGCAUGAGCGUGCCUCGAAGACAGCGCUACGCAGCUGUGGAAGUGAUCGACGGGAAGAUAUACGUACUCGGAGGCGAACCAUACAUCGACGGAAGGUUGUUUCAUGAAGUCGAAGUUUUUGAUCCAGAAUCGAACACUUGGGAGGUUACGGAGGUGGAGGACGUGCGUAAGAUUUCAAACUGUAGUGCCACGGUGGAGGAGAAGGUGUACAUGGUGGAUUACGAGAAGACAAGUGUGUACAAUCCUAGAGAAGGUGAAGGAGGAGAACGGUUGGUUCAGAUGGUAAGCCAGAGACUCUCGGAAGGUGGAAGCAAGGAUAAGUUAAAUGAUAUGGCGCAUAGCGUGUGUGUGGUGGAGGAUGUUAUGUUUGCUUUCUUUAACAAGACUGGUUUGAUGUGGUUUGAUACAAAGCUUAAUGUGUGGAGAAGAUUGGUUGGUCGUGAUGGGAAGGAACUAAUGUUUAUCUUAGAUGCGGGUGCCAUGGCGGAAUACGAGGGAAGGCUUGUGGUUUUGUAUAUGGGGGAUGAAGAUAUAUUUAAUGUCCCCGUUACUCAGAGUGUUCGGUGUAUGUUUGUCUCACUGGACAGAGCUGGAGGAAAGAUUUGUGGGACAAUCGAUUGGUCUGGUACUGUGGCUACCGUCCCAUUUAUGUUUCGUUUUCUUCAUUGUUUAGCUGUUUCCGGUUGA